AUGCCCCCUCCCCUUCUCCCGUCUGGUUUCAUCCGCCCAGGCAAGGGCGCGUACGGCACUGUGUACAGCGCUGUGGAUGGUCAAACGGGGGAAACUGUAGCGAUCAAGGUCAUUCCGGUUACGGAUCAGGAUCGAGAGGAGUUGACCCAGAUCCAGAAAGAAAUCAGAUUCCUGGCAGAUUGCAACCACCCGAAUGUCGUACGAUACUUGGGCAGCUACCGUCACCCCAACGAGCUCUGGAUCGUUAUGGAGUACUGCGGAGGGGGCUCCGUCAGCGACCUUCUGUCGGCCACCUCCGAGCCACUGAGUGAGGACCUCAUUGCGUACGUGUGCGGGGAGGCGCUCAAGGGUUUAGCCUACCUCCACGGGCUGGGAAAGGUGCACCGAGACAUAAAGUGCGGCAACAUCCUGCUCACAACGGGAGGGGAAGUCAAGAUAGCGGAUUUUGGUGUGUCAGCCCAGCUCACAGCCACCAUGAGCAAACGCAACACCUUCAUUGGCACACCCCACUGGAUGGCCCCCGAAGUAAUUCAGGAGAGCAGAUACGAUGGGAAGGUGGAUGUUUGGGCUUUGGGCAUCAGCGCCAUCGAAAUGGCCGAGCUACGGCCCCCCCGCUGGAAUGUGCACCCCCUGCGGGUCAUCUUCAUGAUCGGUCGGGACCCCCCCCCGCGGCUGAGUCAGCUCGACAAGUGGAGCCCCGUGUUCCAGGACUUCGUGUCGCAGGCGCUGCUCAAGGUGAAGGUGUAUGUAUGUAUGUAUGUAUGUAUGUAUGUAUGUACGUAUGUAUGA